GCCACACCCAUGGGAUUAAUCAUUAGAGUGUUUUUCUCGUAACUGGAAAGCAUAGGCAAUGGCUACUCGCUCUCUUCCAGAGAAGUAUGUAUGCAUUGAUGUCGAAUGCGUUGCGACUGGUCGCCGUCAUGACGCCCGGUCGGUUGCCCUGGUGGCAAUUGUCGAUCAAGACGAACGAGUCUUAUUGAAAAAGAAAGUUAAACCAAGAGAAACGGUGAUGAGCUACCUUACACCAUUAACGGGCCUUCGUGAAGGAGACCUGGAUGAUGGAGAACCGCUAGAGAGUGUACUGGCGGAAGUUAAACGUAUUCUGAGUCCCGAAAUUGUUCUGGUUGGACAGCUCGUCAAAAAUGAUGUGCAAUGGCUGAAGUUGCGCGAGGGUGAACACUUUUCGUGUACAGUAGACCUCGGAGAGCUUUUCAAGGCCUACAACCAUCGCUUUUCAAACUACAACUACUUUCCCCUGAGUCACGAAGCCAACACUCUUCUGUACCAAGGUUUUAUUUCUGACGAGCGCGAUCAGGUCACAGACGCAAAGGCUAGCGUUCAACUGCUUAAAAAAUUUUACGCCGACAGUGGACGGUUGGAGGAAGCUAAGAAGAAAUUGCUACGAAAUCGUCCUCCUCCAUCGUGGGUAAAGCAGAAUAACUGCCGCUGGGAAGGAGUUUGCUUGGCGGCCUACUUUCCAGAAAAGUGCUUCUGUGGUGCUCCAACAAAAAAGACUUAAAUGACUCACCGUCAAAGUGCUAUAAAAGUAAAAGUACUUUAGUAUCUUUACUAUAUAUAGUACUAUAGGUAUCUAACUAUGGUAGCUUAGCUAUAGACUUUGUUUUAGUGCUAGGGAAGUAGUUAAAGAAGAGUAGCUAUUUGUGCAGUUCGCUCAUGUCAGCGACAACUCCCACAAAAGAGCUGCCCUAAACCUCAAACCACUGUCCUAUGGUAUACUCUCACUCAAGUUCCUUUGUAGAGAGGCCUUUGUGAUGUUUCAGUUAAGCACAAGAGACUCUAUAAUUGCAAAGCAAUGUAACGGUGGCUGUAGAAGAGUCAUCAUUGGGGGGAAUGAUGGUGAGCACCACAAAUGGAGAGCUUGCUGCCUACUAGAACCAUAGAAGUGUGGCAUUUACGAUAA